UUUUAGGAGCAGAGUUCAUUGUGAUCCUAGGAGCAUCCACAGAUUACUUCUAAAACCCCUGUAUCCUGCAUUCCUGCUGCUUAAACCCCAACCCUCCUUGCAGACAGCAAAAAAGCUGGUUAUUUUUCUCUCUCCUCUCAGACCUCCAUUUUUGUACUCUUCUUUGCACCAUCUUUCUCCAGAAACUUUCUUCACUGUCACAUUUUCAGCAUUUUAAGAUUCGUAUGGAGUAUUUUUAGCUGCUUGGAGAGCGUGAAUGUGCCUUUUUCUGGGUGAGUGGAGGAUCUCUUGCUAAUGGCAUCCAGAAUAUUAGUGAGAAAGAAGAGAUAUUUUGUUGAUUAUCUGACUGUCCAUUUGCAGUCUACCCAGAGUUUCUAUGAUGCCAGUCCUGGACGGAACACUCAGUAUUUCGAUACUCGAAGUUUAAGCUCUUUAACAAGCUUUGUUUCUUCAAAUAUAAAUCAUGUGAACGAGGGGGAUGCAUUUUCCUUUGCUAAUGCUGAAAACCAUGCCACAGAAUUUUCUGCGCUAGGAGUUUAUAGGUCCAUAUAUUAUGGAAUUGGAUCACCUGUUUCUCAAAAUGGGAGACAGAAUAAUAGGUUGCCAAUGGCUAUUGCGUUGAAGUUACACCCUGUACGUCAUGCCUCCACCGCCACAGCAGGACAACCAGAUUAUGAUGAUGAGGAGAAUGAAGAACUUGCUGCUAAGAAGAAAAAAGAGGCAUCUCCAGAGGAAUGUGAUCAAGCUGUAGUUGGCUUAAGUGCUGCCAAAGCAAAAGUAAAAGCCAAAUUGCAGGAUUCUCAAAAGGGUGCUAAAAGUGUUCUAGGUAGAGUGUGGGCAACACUUUUGGGAAUUGGUCCUGCUUUGAGAGCUAUAGCUUCUAUGAGCAGGGAGGAUUGGUCUAAAAAAAUGCUUCAUUGGAAGGAUGAAGUCAAAUCAACCUUGCAGCACUAUUGGUUGGGCUGCAAAUUGCUGUGGGCAGAUGUGAGGAUUAGUUCUAGGUUGCUCCUUAAACUUGCUGGUGGAAGGAGUCUCUCUCGAAGGGAAAGACAGCAGCUUACAAGGACAACAGCUGACAUAUUUAGACUAGUCCCAUUUGCUGUUUUUAUAAUUGUCCCCUUCAUGGAGUUUUUACUACCAGUAUUCCUAAAGCUGUUUCCCAACAUGCUUCCAUCCACCUUCCAAGACAAGAUGAAAGAACAGGAAGCCUUGAAGCGAAGACUAACUGCAAGAAUAGAAUAUGCAAAGUUUCUUCAGGACACUGUCAAGCAAAUGGCCAAAGAAGUGCAAAAGUCACGCAGUGGAGAGAUGAAGCAAACAGCUGAAGACCUUGAUGAAUUUCUGAACAAGGUUAGAAAAGGUAGUCGUGUUUCAAAUGAUGAAAUUUUGGGCUUUGCAAAGUUGUUCAAUGAUGAACUCACCCUUGAUAAUAUCAGCAGGCCUCGAUUAGUGAGCAUGUGCAAAUAUAUGGGAAUCAGUCCUUUUGGUACAGACACAUAUUUGCGCUACAUGCUUCGUAAGAGGUUGAAGAGGAUUAAUGAUGAUGAUAGGUUGAUUCAAGCUGAGGGUAUUGAGUCACUUUCAGAAGCUGAACUUCGUGAAGAGUGUAGAGAACGUGGCAUGCUUGGAUUAGUUUCAGUGGAGGAAAUGCGCCAGCUACUUCGUGACUGGCUGGAUUUGUCUCUCAAUCACUCUGUCCCGUCUUCCCUACUAAUCCUUUCCAGGGCCUUUGUGGUGUCUGGGAACCUGAAGCCUGAAGAGGCUGUACAGGCAACAUUGUCUUCUCUUCCGGAUGAGGUUGUAGAUACUGUCGGUAUAACAUCUUUGCCUUCUGAAGAUUCUGUUUCAGAGAGGAGGAGGAAAUUAGAAUACCUUGAGAUGCAAGAGGAGCUAAUUAAGGAUGAGGAAGAAAAAGAGGAAGAAGAUGCUAAGAUCAAAGACUCUGCAGAGGAUGAGGGAGAUAUUGCGUUAAAGGAGAUGAAUAUCGCAACAGCAAGAGAAGCACAGGAACGAGCUAGAGCAAGAGUUGACAAAAAACAAGAGCAGCUCUGUGAACUCAGUCGCGCAUUGGCCGUUCUGGCUUCUGCAUCUUCAGUUAGCAGAGAACGUGAAGAGUUCCUAAGGCUUGUCAACAAAGAGAUAGAUUUGUAUAAUACCAUGGUUGAGAAGGAGGGUACAGAUGGUGAAGCAGAUGCUCUGAAGGCCUAUAAGGCUGCCCGAGAAGAAAGUGACCAUGCUGCUGAAGUGGCUAUUGAGGACAAGGCCUCAUCAGCGCUCAUAGAUCGGGUUGAUGCGAUGCUUCAAAAAUUGGAAAAAGAAAUUGAUGAUGUGGAUGCCAAAAUUGGUGAUCGCUGGCAACUGCUUGACAGGGACUUUGACGGGAAAGUAACAGCAGAGGAAGUGGCUGCUGCUGCUAUGUAUCUGAAGCACACAUUGGGCAAGGAGGGUGUCCAAGAACUGAUUAGCAACCUUUCAAAAGAUGGAGAUGGAAAGAUUCUUGUUGAAGACAUUGUUAAUUUGGGCAGCCGAGGUGAUGACGAGAAAACGACUGAGUUGGAGUGUAGAAACUGAUUUUCAAGGCAAGCCUUCAUGUUUGAUAGAUGUUAUAUGUUUUGCCCCUCAUAUAGGUUACAUACAAUUCAAACCACAAAGUAUUAGAUAUUAAUAUUAACCCCUUCUUGAUGUCAAAAAAAAAUUAACCCCUUCUUUUAAGAAUGGUUAGCACUACAUCUUUUAGAAUAUGAAGUUGCAGCAUCUGCUUUUAAAUGGUGUUGGCAUUGUUUCGUUUAUAUAGUUACCAUCCCUGAUGUUACCUAGUUACUGGGGUUUGUAUAAAUUCCCACUGAAUUCCAACUCCUUUACUAGUUGCCUGCUACACAGUCCUAUGUUCAGUUGCAUUUUUACUUGUCAUGUUCCUGUCAAAUGUGCUCACAAGAACUAUUUACAAGAGCUCCAAUGGGAUGAACACUUUAGCAUCAAGCCAUAUUUGAAAUCCAUGUACUCUUUCUGUUCUA